AUGUUCUCGAAGCCCCGGCCGUACAGCGGCGACGGCCGCCCUGGGCCCCUGCACAGCCGGAUCGAGCUGUCGCACAUCGACCGCGCAUGCAUGGCCGCCGAGGCUGACAGCCGGGCCUGCAGCUCGCUUGCCAGUGACUUGGCCAUCUUGUCCUUCGACACGACGAGGGGCUAUCCUCACCAACUCUAUCAGCCGAUCAUUCAUCAAUGA